AUAGCACACUCACUGUCUCAUUUUGGUCCGGGUGCACCAGGACAGCCCAUUUAUUUUGACGAGGUCGUCUGUGACGGGGAUGAAAAGUCUCUGUUGGACUGUAACUCUAAUAGCUGGGGAACCCACAACUGUAAUCAUCAGGAGGAUGCCAGUGUCUCAUGUUAUAAUGUCACAGCACGUUUAAAUUAUGCACUGGAUCAGAAAAAUGUUGGGACGGUUGAAAUCAGUGGAAGUAAGGGGUGGUCUCUGGUGUGUGAUGAAGGCUGGGAUGACAAGGAUGCUGAGGUUCUGUGUAGGGAGCUGGGCUUUGUCUCGGGGUUCGCCAUGACCAAGGCCGAAAUGUACAUGGUAGAUGAGUCCUCCUUUACUGAUGCCUACUGGAAGUUUAACUGUACAGGGAAGGAAAGUAGUCUGGCCAAUUGUUCCAAGGUCGAUUACUGGCAAGGUCAUUGUAACAGUGAUAGCUUAGCAGCAGCGGUUUGUCACGACAAGGAAAAGGACAAGGUCAAUCAAACUGUUGACCUCCGAUUAGUAAAUGGAGGAGAGAAAUGGGGUCGCAUUGAGAUUCGGUACCAGGAGGUCUGGGGACAUAUUUGUGAUCACACCUGGACAGACUCUUCAGCAGAUGUUGCCUGUAGACAGCUGGGAUUUAAGGGUGGGAUAGCAUAUGGAACUUACAACACACCCAGUAAAGUAGCCUGGAUCUCUUAUCUCAAAUGUACCGGGAAGGAGAAAAGACUAGAAGAAUGCUCCACGGGUCCCAGGGCCAUGUGGGAACCAUUCUUUGGGUGCACUGCUGCUUCAGUGCUCUGUUACAAUGAAUCAGCACCGACAGUUUCCAUCAAGGGCGGGGGAAGUCAGGGUCAGGUGGAGAUUUUAUAUGACGGAGUAACUGGGUCUAUAUGUAAUAACUCGGGCUGGGAUGUGUACGAAACAAGGUGUGGGGGCUACGCUACAGUGAUGUGUUAUAAAAACAUCCGAUUAACUGGUAGUUUGAACAGCAGAACCAAUGGGAUUGUAGAGAUUCUGUUACACAACACGUGGUACGCUCUGUGUGGGUCAGGGUUCAAUGACGUCAACGCCCAGGUGGUGUGUAAGGAGAUUGGAGGCUUCACCAAUGGCACAAAGUUACCCCCAGGGGCAUUUGGAAAAUACUAUGGGCAGACUGCCAUGCCUGAUCUGAUAUGUAAAGGAAAUGAAACAAGUGUAAUGAACUGUAGUUUUGACCCCCUUAAAAGCUGCAGUAAUCAACAUUAUGGCUAUGCAUCAGUUAGCUGUUUUAAUGGAAGUUUGGAAGAAG